UCGAUCGAAAGUCCUAAAAUCAACUCGGUAUCGGUCUCCCGAGGCCUCUCUAAGAAGCCUCCUAACGACUUUGACGUUCAACCGACACCCUAUCAAUUCACGUGCCCCGGUUUUCUUACUUAUAAUUGACGAUUCGUAAAAGAUUUUUGACUUUCGCUCGAAAUGCGAUCGUCGAAAAAAUGCUGGACUCAUCGUGCAAGACGUGGGUAAUUUCGGCGUCGAGAAGACCGGAUCCUGCGGGAACCAGUUUUUGGCCGAGGACGAAACCGUACCAGGAGUGCAAUUCGCAAUCAAGACCCGUUCCGGAAGAUCGCGAUCGAAGACGUAUCGUCCGAGGAGUACGGAAAACGGUACCCGGGUACAAACGAGUAAGUGGCAACGCGUGGCCGACUUCCCGCUAGGGCGGCGAACGCUGAGCGUUUUCUCGGUCACGGUUGCAGCCUCGGUAACCCGUGUGCGGAGUUUCAGAUACCGGCAGUGAUUAGCAAUUGCGACGAUGCUGCUUGCCUGAUAUCGUCUCUCCGGAAAGAUCGAAGCUGCGAACGGCGACGGGAGAGAAUACGAAAUUUUAUUCGCCGAUUUUGAGUCCUCUGCAAUGGACGUAAAGUGGUUUUUUCAUGCGCGCGCCAUCAUUGCCUCGAGAGAAGGCUCUCGAGCGACGAGGUGAACGCGAGUCUCUUUUGACCCACAAAAACAAGCUGAGGACUCGGCUGCCGGCGCGUUUUACCCAUUCCUCACGGUCACGAGAGUCUGGAAGGACCGACGGGAAGAUCGUAAGAUGCAGACAAGCGUCACGACUUGAGGAUCUGUGAAGUGAAUCCGAAUUGUUAAUUUCGUGUUCGACUAGAAUCGUGCUGUGGAAAUAAGUGUGAGGUGUGAUUCAUGAAGCACUCGUUAUUCUUACUUCUGGAUUGAGAUAACAGUGUGCGAUAAUGAGGAUACCGAGAAGAAGCGAGUGUUUCCUGGUGUUAGCUCUCCUGGGUACGGUAGCCACAACGAGAGCCGAAGAAGAGGAUGACCUGGACGACGUGGGAUUUGAAGACGGAGGAGAUUUGGCCGACGAUAAGAUAUCGACGUCGUUGAACGUCGAGGGUGGAUUUUUCGAGAAGAAGGAACUGGAGAUCAGGAAUGCGGUUCUCAGCGCUGUCAAAGUGCCGGAAAAACAAGCUCAGCUGAGCCAAGUGUUGCCCAUAAUACGGAGCAUGUCACCACCGCAGAAACGAGCAAUGGCUGUUUUGGUUACGACAAGAAUGUCGCACAAUGACACAACGCUGCCGUUCGAUAAGGUCGAAGCGCUGUUUGGCGGUAACGAUAAGAAGAACGUGACGAGGGAUUUAAUGCUGCCGAUCAGCAUGGACAUCGCUAAAAUCAUCGCUGACGAUAUUCCCGAGGAUUUGCCAGAGGCGCAGGAACUGAGGUACUACGUACCUGUCGGAAAAAGACGACGUCCUCAGUAUUAUUCGAAGCCUCGACGCCCGUCGACGAUGAACCGAAGAAAUGUGCAUCCAGACGGACCGCGACCGACUCUUCCGAGACCAGGAAGACGACCAACGGACGUAAAAAGAAGUCCCACCGAGCAAGAAUGCACUUUUUUCACGUCGACUGUUUGCCUUGAAGCUGCGGACUACCCUCACGAAGCGAUAUUGAGAAGCAUCAGAAGCAACAGGGAAAUGAUAUCUGCGUUACUGGCUGACUACAAAUCUCAGAGCACCACGGAAUUUUACGAUGACAGACUUCCGGUCGCGUUGCCGUUGGAGAAUAAAUUCGAAAACAGAUUCGAGAGCAACGAGAUCAAGAGAUCCGACAAUAAUUCCCCCUACGCAGAGAGCGUCGAGGAGGGAUUCACCUGUCCGUCGCAGAUCAGAUACGCACGCCCGCAACUCGCAAGAGCAGCAUCCGGUGACUGGAAAUACAUCAUAAACACCGGUGAACACACGCAGACGCUGAGGCUGGAGAAAUGCACGAAACCGCAAAGCAGCUGCUCCUUCGUGUCCGAGAACUACAAAUCAUCGUGCACGCAAGUGUUCACCUACCACCGUCUGCUUACCUGGGACACGAACCUCGGUCUGCACAUGGACAUCUUCAAGGUCCCGACCUGUUGCAGCUGCCACGUUCUUGGUUAUUCGGACCUGUAUCCUCCUCACCGAAAAAACCCCCCCUCAAAACUGAACGAAAAUUUUCCCGGGGCCGAUUUCGCGGCCGAGGACCAGGCCGACAAAUAUCGCGACUUUAGCAACCCCGGGUCCAAUUUCAUCUCGAAGAAAAGUCCCAGCGCCAAUUUCGAAUCCAGCUACGUCAGCGGUGGCUCGAACCCUUCGUACGUCGACGACGCGGCUUCCAGCGCCAACUACAACUUCUUCGAGAAGAAGCCAAACCCCAAUACCACGCCGCCUGGUCGACCCGUCCUCACUCCCACCCUGAGGACCAGGGCGAAGAAGCCCUCCGGGGCUUCGAGGCCCUUUGACAAUCUGCCCCAGCAGCACGCGCCCAAUACCAGGGCCCCUGGAUACACGGGCCCCGCAUCGAAGCACAGGUCGAGGCCCAACAGGCCCUUCAGAAGGGAGUCUAAUACCCAGCUCGACUAUCCGGGCAACCAGGAAGCGGACACGACUGGAAAACGGUACAGUCAACAAUUCGACCAAGCCGUAGACGCCACUACCAGGGUCCAGAGCGUGUCCUACACCGAGGAAUACGAGGACCCCCCGCGCCGAGUAAAUUACAACUAUCAUCCGAUAAUAGAUUUCUUCAAGCCGGAAGCCUCGAUGCUUCAAUCUGUUCAACCGCAAAUGGCCACGCAGCCAGCGCCAGUGCAAAGUUCCAACGCUUGGAAGCCGAUAGUUUCAGCUUAGGAAACCGAUACUGCUUUUAAACGUACCUGAAAUUUUUCAUAAGAUAUAUAUUUAUUCGCCACUAGGUCAUACGCAUGUUUUCAUACGAUUUCAAAGCCCUCCCAUCCUAUGAUUCUACUUUGCUCUGUCCGUUGGCAGACGAAAUGACGGGGAAGAGAAUUAACUGUCUAAAAUCUACCCUCGUCUCUUCCGACUCUUGAACAUCGGCACGUAUUCAUUUCUCACGUCGUUUUCCUCGAUAUAUUUAUAUCCUUCCACCUCCACGCACUUCAUUUUUUACUUUUAUUUUUACCCUCUUUGUUAUUUAUGAUUUAUUCUUAAGUUAUCUCAAAUUUGUACU